GAGCACGGGCUCACCCCGCUCACAGAGCUGGUCUUGUUCUUGUGCUGCAUUUGCACCACGGGAUCACAGCUUAGCACACAAAGCAGCAACUUCAGGAAUGGCCAAACCAGCACACCCAGCCCUGAAAUCCCAUUGCAUUUCUUCUCUUUGGUUUUGUGGCUUCGGCAGAGAGCCAUUAAAGGUAACUUCUCAACUCUUUUCCUAGUGAAACGUGACGUCCAGGAGAACGAUGAAGAGGCAGUGCAAGUCAAGGAGCAGAGCAUCCUGGAGCUGGGCUCGCUUUUGGCCAAGACGGGGCAGGCAGAAGAGCUGGGAGGACUCCUCAAGUAUGUUCGACCCUUCUUGAACUCCAUCAGCAAAGCAAAGGCCGCCCGCUUAGUCCGAUCCCUGCUUGAUCUGUUUCUUGAUAUGGAGGCAGCAACAGGACAGGAGGUUGACCUGUGUUUAGAGUGUAUUGAAUGGGCCAAAUCAGAGAAGAGGACUUUCCUACGCCAGGCUCUGGAGGCGAGGCUGGUCUCUUUGUACUUCGAUACCAAGAGGUACCAAGAAGCACUGCAACUAGGCUCCCAGCUUCUUCGGGAAUUGAAAAAGAUGGAUGACAAGGCAUUGCUGGUGGAAGUGCAACUGCUAGAAAGUAAGACUUACCAUGCCCUGAGCAAUCUGCCAAAAGCAAGAGCAGCCUUAACCUCUGCACGGACCACGGCCAACGCAAUCUACUGUCCACCCAAGCUGCAAGCAGCGUUAGACAUGCAGUCAGGUAUUAUCCAUGCAGCAGAAGAGAAGGACUGGAAAACAGCUUAUUCAUAUUUUUAUGAGGCGUUUGAGGGAUAUGAUUCAAUUGACAACCCAAAAGCCAUCACUGCGCUCAAAUACAUGUUGCUGUGCAAAAUCAUGCUGAACAUCCCAGAAGAUGUGCAAGCAUUAGUGAGUGGGAAGCUUGCUCUGCGGUAUGCAGGAAGACAGACAGAAGCACUAAAAUGUGUGGCCCAGGCCAGCAAGAACCGAUCGCUGGCUGAUUUUGAAAAGGCUCUGACAGACUAUAAGGUGGAGCUCAGGGACGACCCCAUCAUAAACACUCACUUGGCUAAGCUCUACGAUAACUUAUUGGAACAGAACCUGAUCAGAGUCAUCGAACCCUUCUCCAGAGUACAGAUUGAACACAUAUCCAGCCUCAUCAAGCUCUCAAAGGCUGAGGUAGAAAGGAAACUGUCACAGAUGAUCUUGGACAAGAAAUUUCAUGGCAUCCUCGACCAAGGCGAGGGAGUCCUCAUCAUCUUCGAUGAACCCCCUGUAGACAAAACAUACGAAGCUGCCCUCGAGACUAUUCAGAACAUGAGUAAAGUAGUGGAUUCGCUCUACAACAAAGCCAAGAAGCUAACAUAG